AAUGCAGAGAAUGCGUUCGAACAACUCCGGGAGGAGUACCAAACCGUGUGCACUGAGCUCGAGCGCACCAAUAGCGAUUUGGAAGAGAGUUUACAUAUCAUUGAACGGCUGCAGCUGACCAAUCAGAACGCGUCAGACAACUGUGAGACGCUGGCUGCGGAAGUACUAGAGAAAGAUGAGGAAAUCGAGAGUAUGCAUUCAGUCAUAUCGGAGAGUCGACUGCAGAUCAACCAGUUACAGGACAAGCUCAAUGAUACUGAAGGAACGUGCCAAACCACCAAUAGUAAGUCCAUGCUGUCAGAGAUUGAGGACGCGAGAGCGGAAUUGGAGAGACAGUUGAAAGCAGUGACAGCCAAAUACGCCGCACGUCGCAAAGUGCACGAAGCACUAAAGCAGCAGUACAUGCGAUUGCAG